GGGAAGAGACAGGAGGGCAUGAAAAGCCCUUGCUGGGAAGGGGUCAGAGGAGCACCAAGCUCGGGGACCCAGUGGGACCCCCCCCCACCGGGCUGAGAGGCUUGCUACAGUUGGUGAGGACCCAUGUACGCAGACCCCCACAUUUCCGCCGCUGUGACUAUUCUCAAGAGAUGGCUGCUUCGGUGACAGUACAAAGAAGCCAGGUGGCUGUGUUUAUUCCGGAGUUAAGGAGGACGCAGCACUCCGCGCCCAUGUGCCCACCUCUGAAGGACUGACGGGCUCCCUCUGCUUGUGCCACUCCCGCUCCCACCAUGGGACCCUCGGAGGACAUGCUGAGCAGCGGGCAAGUGCAGGUCGUCCUGUGGGGCAGCUUGGCCACCGUGGCCACAUUCUUCCUCAUCAGCUUCCUCAUCUUCCUGUGCUCCAGUUGUGACAGAGAAAAGAAGCCAAGGCAGCAUAGCGGGGAUCAUGAGAACCUGAUGAAUGUGCCUUCCGACAAGGAGAUGUUCAGCCGUUCGGUGACCAGCCUGGCCACAGAUGCACCUGCCAGCAGCGAGCAGAACGGGAUACUCACCAAUGGCGACAUCCUUUCAGAAGACAGUACUCUGACGUGCAUGCAACAUUAUGAGGAGGUGCAGACGUCAGCUUCAGAUCUGCUGGACUCCCAGGACAGCACGGGGAAGCCGAAAUGUCAUCAGAGCCGGGAACUGCCCAGAAUUCCUCCCGACAGUGCCGUGGACACGACGCUCAGCACGAGGAGCGGGGACGGGGACCAAGGCCUGGGGAUGGAAGGGCCAUAUGAAGUGCUGAAGGAUAGUUCCUCCCAAGAAAACAUGGUGGAGGACUGCUUGUAUGAGACUGUGAAAGAAAUUAAGGAGGUGGCCACAGCUGUGAACCCAGGGAGAGGCCAGAGCAGCAGAUCAAAGUCGACUUCCGCCUUGAAAGAGCUUCCAGGGCCCCAAGCCCCCCAAGCAGACUUCGCUGAAUAUGCCUCGGUGGAUAGAAACAAAAAGUGUCGACAGAGUGUUAAUGCAGAGACCAUUCUCGGAGAUUCGUGUGAUGCGGAAGAGGAGGCCCCACCACCUGUCCCUGUUAAACUUCUGGACGAAAACGAAAACCUCCAGGAGAAAGAAGAGAGCAAGACAGAAGAAGGAGCCACAGAGGGGACCAGUGACACCAACAAGAGAUUUAGUUCAUUGUCAUACAAGUCCCGGGAAGAGGACCCAACUCUAACAGAAGAAGAGAUCUCAGCCAUGUAUUCAUCAGUAAAUAAACCUGGACAGUCAGGGAAUAAAUCAGGACAGACCCUUAAGGCACCAGAGUCUGCCUACACCUCCAUCCAAAGAGCCACUCAGAGAUCCCCCUCUUCCUGUAAUGAUCUCUAUGCUACUGUUAAAGACUUUGAGAAAACCCCAAACAGUGUCAGCACGCUUCCACCAGCAGCGAGACCCGGUGAGGAGCCUGAGCCUGAUUAUGAAGCAAUACAAACUCUGAACAGAGAGGAAGAAAAGGCCACCCCAGAGACCAACGGCCAGCGCGGCCUUUUCCCAAAGGAGAAUGACUAUGAGAGCAUUGGGGACUUGCAGCAAGGCAGGGAUAUCACCAGGCUCUAGCCGCCCAGAAGGCAACCCCAGAUGGCAUUCGAUCAGCUGCUGGGGGCACUUCUUCUGUGGAAGACAAAGGCGGUAUCAACCCCUACUUCAUAUGCUGCUCUAGGAAUCUGAAGACAAUGGAAGACGUGGGGACUGAUUGCCAGGGUUGGAAACAGUGAGGUACAUACCCGACGGCACCCGAGCGUGCCCCUGCUUGCCGGGGGCACUGGCACACCCAAGCACAUCUCCCUUCUGCACCCUCACCCUCUGGAAAGAUCCCAGCCACCAGUAGUUUUGUCCUGUGCGCAGGGGGAAAGCCAAGAUGCAGGGAAGAACUGCACUCAUCAAGAACCACGACUCCGCCUGCCCCGGAUACUGCCAUUCACAAGAGCCAGGUUUUUCGUCCUUUCUUUCCCUUUUGGUCUCCGCUCCUCACCUUUAAAUGUAUGGCUUUCUCCCCCCUUGAAAUCUUCCAACUUCUAAUGGUUCAUUCCAAGAAAAUUCUCCCACAAGGCCUGGCCUUUGCCUUCAACUUUGGUGUCUCAAGAUGGUAAAAAAAAAAAAAAAGACUGUGGUUGCUGGUUACCAUCAGCUCACCAGUCCUCUUCUGAGAAUCACACCUGGAAAAAGGAGCCCUGCAGGUGGAUAGGACUGGGGCUGCCCCUCGAGCUUCUUAGGGCUUUAUACCUUCUGGUUUGGGCAGUCCACAUCAGCAACCUCUCCCAAAGUACUUGAAGUCAUUUUUAGAUGCUUUAUUUUAUUUUUCUAGUCAAAAGGUGCCCCCCCACCCCAGUAUUGGAAACUCUUCAGAGCCUUUUCAGUAUUUUCAACAAAUAUUGUGGUACUUCUAUACUUGUUUUAGCCCAGAGCCCAUUCCUCUGAAACAGAGAGCCUUAAUCUCUAUGUUGGGACACAGACCACAUAUUUGGACGACAGCCAUGGCGUCCGUCUCUGAAGGGCUGUGGACUUGAAUGUGUAUUUCUGAUGAUCCCUCUGCCACACCAACAGUGUGAGAUUUCAUAAGUUAACUUGCUACCCUAAGGUAAUCUAUCUAAAAUCAAAAUGUAAACAUUUAUUUUUGUUAUAUAAAUUUAUAAGAUGUUUUAUGUUUAACGCCUAAUUUCUAGAAAGUGCCAGAAAAAAAUGUAUAUUAACUAUUUUGAUUUUAUGUACAAUGAUUUAUACUCUCAUUUUGAAAAAACACCAUAAAGCACAUAAGCUAGAUAAUUACACAUAGUUGUUAAUCUGUUUUCUAAUCAAGUGUUUAAAAUAUUGUAGGUUUUUAAAGACUUAACUUUUCAAAUGGUACUUGGAGCCCUGGUCAAAGUCAUCUGGCUCACUAGAGAAUAAGUGGAAUGAACAUAAAUGAGCAUUUUCAGUGAUUUGUGGUGGGCAAUACUGAAAUAUUUGAAAUGGUAAAGAAAAAAUAGAAGAAUGAAAUAAGACUAGGGAUAACUGUAUUAUUAACCUCAUGAAAGUAUUAUAAUUCCAUUAAGAUUUAGUUACAGCUUUAAGAAAAUUUAUACUGAUGGAUUCUGCAAUCCAGUGCUUGCAAAUGCAAAUUGCCUAUUGAGAUUCUUUUCCUCUUCAUUUUACAAAAAUCAGUGGCUAAAAUAACUCCGAUUAAGAGUUCAGCCUGGUUUGAAUUUUAUCAUCUCUUUAGAUUUUUAGAAGGCCAACAUUGGGAAAUUUGUUCACUUUUCCUGUGAAAAGGACCCUGCUACUACGCAGUGUGGCUAUAGAAAGGGACCCUUGCCUACACUGAUAGAGGAAAAAAAAAAGAGGCAAUUCUUCUACUGUGAUAUCCUUGGGUUUUCAGGUCGAAUAAUCUCACAGUUUUCACCCAUUGUGACAAAGGAUGCGAUUUGGAGGAUGAAGCAUCUUGAAAAUGGUAGGAACCAGCUCAUUGGCAUGUCUCUUCCAUCCCUUGCAUUCAUGGCUUGAUCCUAUGACUGCUAAGUAAUAACGUUUCUGAAAUUGUCAAGUGAGCUUUGUUGGGGUCAGCUGGUUGGUUGUCAUUAUUUUGCAGUCAGCCUAGCCUCUCCCAUGAGGACCUCACGAGCCUAAGCACAAUCGUCCUAGAUGGUAAUAAUAGAAUACCUUUGGGUGGGGGGAACGGUUAUCGGGAAGGCGCCAAGGUCUUUGCUCUUUGAAUUCACAUCUUUCAUAAGCACUGUUUUGCCUGGUGAUUUUCAUUGUUUGCUUAGUAUUGAGUUUGACCCAACAAUCUCUAUACCGUGAGGUUCCUUUAGCACCGGGUGAUCUGUGUCACAUCGCAUACCUACUGUUGUGCUUGCUGCAAUAAUGUCCUUUCCGAGCGCCUGACCACUCAAAAGUUUUCUUGUAUUUCAUAGUGUCUUUACUUAUUGCCAGGGAAGUGGGUAUGAUCUCUAAAGUGUAAAAUCAUUUCUAGAGAGAAAAGUUCUUUAUAAAUUACUCAUGUCAUCCUGAAAUUUCACUAUCAGAAUUUCCCCCAGAAGUUCUGAAAUAAAGGCUAUGCAGUAUAGCCAUAAAAUAUGCACUGAAAUAUCUUGAUUUGAGAAUCUGCGCUGAGUUGUGAUUUAAAGUAUCAAAAGUGUAUUUUAAAAGAAACUAGAAGGCCCUCUAGUAGAGAUGCUAAAAGAAAAAUUAAUAGCACAAUCCAUGAGAGUUGGGGGAGGGAGAAACAGUAAACUUUAGGAGCUGGCUCUGCUCUUUAGACCAUUGGGUACUCAACUGAAGUAUAUUUAUUGAUGCAUCAUCAUGGUUUUGACCUUACAGUACAAUAUUUCAUAAAUUGCAUCACUUUUACUUUAUUUGUUGAAAAUCUAUGCUAGUCUUUGAGUUGGACAAAAGCCUAUAGCUUCUUUUAAAAAAUUUCAUGUUCAGCUAAAUGUUAAGAGUUUAAAUGUAUGAAACAUAAUUAUAAACACAUUUUUACUGUUCAACUUUGACAUCCAUAUUAUGCAUUGUUAUAAUUUAGGUUUGCGAAACUAUACAAAUAAAGUAAGUUUUAGGGAUUUUUUUGUCUUAUAAGUCAGAAUUAUAAACUCACCUUGCCUAAAAGUAGAAUCUUUGUUUUUUAGUCAGAUAUUUUGAAAGUUUAGAAGAAUUUUUUAUGCUGCUUUUACUAUUUCUCAAAUGCAGUCAGCAGGAAAGUAUGACCUUUGUCAUACUUUUAUGUGAAAUGUCUGAGGACAUUUUAAAUUAUAGAAAAAAGUAAUUUUUGCAAGUAUGUGGGCCACAUUUUUUUUUCCGGUGCUGCACUAAGUUGCAUCAUUAGGUCUAUUAAAGCUUUUGAAAAUACUGCCGUCCUUUAUGGGGAAAAGGCUAAUUACUGAUUUUUCUGCCCUCAAAAUCCAAGAGUUAAUUCCAAUUGAGUGCUAACAAUAGGUAGUCAGCACAGAACUAAAAUUUACCUCAAGAUGUCACUGUGUCUAUUUCUCAUAUUAGAUUCUCAUUUUUCUAAUUAAAGCAUUUAUUUAGCCAGUAACAAACUAUGUCUGUAUAUGUGUGUGUGUGUGUAUACACUAUACAUUCAUAUAGAUUUAAAUAUAUACAUACACAUAUAUAUAAAGUUCUGGUUCUUAAUUAGUGAUGAUACGUCCUAUUAUGUAUUUGGAAUGUCUACCCUACUAGUGUGAUGACCAUUGUCAUAAAAGCAGAAUUAAAAAAAAAAGCCAAUAGUUUUCCUUUAGUAAUUAUAAGAAAACCCUCUUAAGUUGCCCUCAUGUCAUUCUUCUAAUUAAUAAAUUCAGCUUCUAAAUUGUGUCCAUAAUUUCUUAGCUGACAAACAGUGGUGUUUGAAGAUCGUUUUCUUCUCUGGGUGGCUCAUUAUGUGCCCAACAUGCCAGGAGGAAAGGUAAACAGGUGCCCCUCGCAGGUGCUGUUGAGAAGAGAUCUGGCCCAAAAGCAAGCAGGAGCCACGCGGGCCGGGAUGGAGCCGAGGCCAGGUGACCCCCUCAGCUGGUGGCAGGAGCGGUGGCCUGUCAUCACAUGGUUGCAUUUUAGUUCAUUCUCUUUGGAAGCCACAGGAGUUUAGCAGUGACAUCGCGUGCCCGACAGAAGGCAGCUCGAGACAGGGACGUGGAUGACCUCAGAGCUGCAGCUCGAGACUCAAGUAGGAUUUUGUAAAUGAGUAAAUGACAUUUUUUCCCCCUGGGUUCCUUGUACUAGUCGAUGAGUCCCUGUGAUCUAGUGAUGCCAUUCUUCGGAAAGUGUCGCCUCCGGCACCUGGCCAGCUUCAUCUGGGCUGCUGGAAGCACAGUAGGUACGGAUGGUUCUUUCCUGGAAAUCUUGACAGGCUUAUUGUACUGUGUAAUUGGGCAAAGUUAAAGUGUAAUGUAGGUGUUAAUAAGUGACUGAUGUGAAAAAUAGGAACAUGUGUCUCUAAUAUCAAAUAUGGCUUUUUGGGGGGGCAGUGAAAUCUAUAUUCCUCGUCCUGUGGUAGUAUUUUCUUGCUCUGUGUUGUACCUUUUCUUAAACACAUUAUUCUUGACAGUGGCAUUGGACAAGUUGAACACAAUAGAAAGUGCUUGACUUAAAGACAUCAGUUGAGAAACCGUGAUAAAUUAGUCUUUGUCUGCAAGUAUGAAAGUAAAUUUAAAAAACCGUGGUCCAGAAGAGAACAAAUAUUCAUAAGUAGGGUUUUUUUUUCCUACUGCUCAUUUUUAAGUAUGUUUACAUCCGGUCUCUGAGAGCUAUAAAGUCUGCAUUGUUUUCCCAGGUUCUUCUUUAUUUAACUAAGAAAUCGUAGUUCAGAUUCCUCUUGAUGCCAGAUGGAAUGAGAAAUGUUACAAUUUUUGUUAAAAGGGCAAUUUUUUAAGCAUUCAAUUUGGUAAUCAUGUAUCUUAUGUAUUUAAAUUAGAUUUUUCUUUGUUCACCACUUAUAUGCUAUGGGUAUUUUUUUAAAAAUGUAUUAUGCUCUGGAUGUCUCAGAUCACCUUAUGUAAUGGAUUAUAAAGGCUGGUAACGGUCAUUCCUCAAACCUUCUGUGUAUGAUAUUGGCAACAGUUUUAAUGUUGCUACCUUUUAAAUAUCAUGUAUUAUUAAUGCACCUCAUGUUUUCAGGGAAAGCUUGAAAUCUAGCUAAACAAAUAGGAAUUUGCAUUUCAUCAUUCAUGCAUUUUUUUCCUCAUAAAAAUAGUUUCUCAAAAAAGUGACAUAUUGUCUCUUAGGUGGUCCCGACCAGUUUCAAAGCUCUCCUCUCGCUCAAAAAAUAAUCCAUGACAGUGGCAUUUUGCCUCUUCAGUCUCAAAGUCUUUGUUGUGAUCAAACCAUCCAAUCCACAAAAGAGUGGGAAAGUUGUUUCCAAUACUGGGAAUUUUUAAACCCUCAAGUCUGAAAAUAUCUCUUAUUGGCUUCAAUAUCUUCAAUUUUCCCCCUUCCUUACUCUAGUCCCUCUAAGGAGCAAGCCUAAAGCGUGGGGUCAUGAAGCCACUAUUUCUUCCAGUCUCACUUUGGUUCCUCCUGCACAGGUGACCUUCCACCACUCUGCAUAGCACCACCCCUGUUCCUCUUCCCCACCGGAGCCGCUCUCUGCUAUUCAUAGGACAUCCCAACACAUCUUUUCCAACAGGGACACUAUCCUCAGAUCACAGAUCUUGCCUGUCAGCAUAGAAGCAUGCCCCAACACCGUCCCACUCCCCCACCCCCCCAUGAGCAAACAGCUCUGCCCAACUCACAUUUUCCUGUGUCACAGGCUGCCAAGAGAUAAGGCCACAGGUCCGCCUAGGGAAGCAUUUGUCGUGGGCUUUGCUAAACCAUGUUCAUUCUUACCCACAUCCUUCAUGAGAAUGGUGGGCACUUGGCAGCUGUGGGAGAGAAUGUCAGAAAGUUCUACUGAGGACUCCAGCGCACAGUUACAGGAAAAUUUGCCCCACACUCACUGGGUAAGCUCACUGCACCCCCCCACACACAAUAUAUUGAGACUGCCUGGUGUCUCCUAAGUUCCAGGGUAGUUAAAUCCUUGGAAUAACCCACCAGUACUUCAUUGUAAAGUAGGAGGAUGCUGACUCUUUUGAGGAAAAACUCUUUCUUAAAAAAUUCAUCCCUUAUAAAAUAAGCUGAGUGUGACUUCUUUUAGCCAUGGAGCCAUUGUCCCCGUUCCCUCGGGAAACAGUGCCUCUGAAUUGAAUGUUCAAGCAUCUAGCUGUGGAGUUACCAAAGAAUAAUUGAAUAAUUUGGCCAUUUGUAGGCAGACUGUCUGACAUUUGAAGCAAGAACCCAGAUCCCUUUUAAGCACUCGCAUAGGUGGAUGGGUGAUGCAGUGGCUCAUGGUCUCACUUUCUAUGCAGCUAAGGAUCCAAGAUGUGUUUAGUUUUUUGGUUUUUUUUUUUUUUUUAACUUCACUCUCUAAGUCAUCAUAGCUAAUUAUUUGGGUGGCUAUUCUUGAGUGUAAUCCCCCCCCCCAAGAUAAUAGAACUGGCAUUUGCUCAUUCUCUUCACACAUUUAAUUUUCAGCAGUUCACCUAGUGUACCAGUUAGGGACCCUCACUAGGACAGUUAAGGCUAAAAGAAAGACCAGUCCUGGCCCCAGAGCCUACAAUCUAACUAUACUAUCUGGGUUUUUUUGUUUGCUAAAACCAAAAGCCAAGUCUGUCUCUGAAUAUUCAUUUGACACAUUUUUAUCUAUUUUUAAUGUAAAACCCAUAAAUGAAUCUGACAUGAUCUUCAUGACUUAUCCUCUAGGCCUGCUUGCCUUUAUUUUAUUUUGGAACUUAUUUUUUGAAUAUAGGCUUUUCUUGUUAUUUCCCAGAGCCAUCCUAGAAACGAUUCUGAUGGGCUACUCCAUGACUGCCUCCUGGUGUCCUGGAAUUUUGGCAGCAGUGUUAGCAGGGCUUACCUCUUAGGGAGAAGCAUCUGAAAAAUGCCAGAUAAGCUGAGUUUUAUGUACAAGUCAACAAGCAUUUGAGAAACGCUUUAUGCCUCAGAUUUUGACAUUUAAAUUUUUUUUUUCCAAGUACCAGCUACUAUUUGAUUUGGAGGGGUUGGCGAGCAGGACAGGGAUUAGACAUAUAAUAUGAACUAAGUGGCAUAGGCAAGACUUCCCACCCCUAUGUCUCCAUGUGCUUGUGUCUCUGGAAAAUAUAUUGUCCCCGCUCCCUGUCUACCACUUUGAGUUGCUUAAGGAGCAAACUGUAAGUGUGUAGAAAUGACAAAGCUGACCUCAAAGACAUAAGUUAUUUUUAGAUAUUUUCUUUGUAAACCCAGGAAUAAGCCUGGUUUAUGAAUUGCAUAAUAUGGCUACUACAGCUAUAAUCUGGAGGUAACUAGAUACAUCCUUUCAAAUAUGUUUCCCUUACAAACCUAACUUUGUUGUAACUGGGAAAAGAAACUCCUUGUUAAAAAAAAAAAAAAUCCAACAAAAAGACUUCAGUAAAAGAAUGUGGCAUCAGUCUAUCCUCUGUCCCACAGUGCUUGUUUCUUGCCUAUAAUAUAGUUUUCAACAAUUUUUAUGGGAGAAAAAAAUGCACAUUUUUUUCUUGGAAAAGUGAAUUGAGGUAUUGAAUUAAAUUCUCCGAAAGGACAACUUAAAGAGAAACAUGGGAUUUAGAGAUGAGCUCACAGCUCUGUGGUCACUGUUCCAGCAUUGACUUUACUGUGUGACCUUGAACAAAUGAUUUAACGACUCUGUGCCUCAAUUUCUCCAUGUACAAAAUGGGGAUCAUGAUACCAACCAUUGCCUACCUCAUAUGGAUGUUAUGGGGACAAAUAAGAUAAUAUAAAUACAAAUGCUUUGAUCUCUGGAAGAAAGGUGCUAUAUAAAUUAAAGUUGUGUUGUUUUUAAUGAUCCAAUUAUUAUGUUAGGGUUUAAAUAAUAGCAAUACUGUUAGCCAUGUUAAGAAUAAGUUUCAAUUCACCACAUAAUUACAAUUCUCUUCUGUGGCCAAAUCUUGAUCGUUCAUCCAGUAAUGGUACGUAAGGAACUGAAAUGGGUAUUUUUUUCUGUGUGUUUCUGCCCAAUAGUAUUUCUAUUCUAAAUGUUCCCAAAAGGCUGGAGUUUAACUUGUAAUAUCUUAUAGUUUACAUGUAAUGAACCUUAUUCAAGCUGUGUACAAAAAUAUGAUUACAUGUAAAUAGCAGGUACAUUGUAAUUAAAGGCACUUAUCAAAUCAUCUUUGUUCUUUUUAAAUUGCAAUAAAAGUCCAUUUUAUAUUAUAAAA